UCGCGAUCGUCCCAGUGCCAAGGGGGAGAGCGACGACGCACAUCCGCGUUUUCACUCGGUCAGCAAGCCAUGACCUCUGCCCGUGCUUAGCUGCAGCGCGCGCAAUCCUUGCCAGUCAGCUCCAUGUUCUGUCUUUCCUGUGGUUCGAUCUUCACAUCAUGUCGUGCCAGGAAUAACUUGACUUCCAAGUUUCGCAUGUUCGGUCGGUAAUGAGAGAGAAAAGUUGCAUUCUAAGUCUCCUCCAGUGAAGUUGCCGCGUCUUUCUGGGCCGAGGACUCCCCUCCCAAGAAGACUGAGUAUGCAUGAUAUGCCUCAUCGAUCAAGAGACAACUGUACAGCGAUAGGACGAACAAUAUUUUCACAAAUCAGCAACAGAACGUGACGAGAGAACAAGGAAUAUAUACAAUUCUGAAGACGGCACUGCAUGCCUGGGCCCAAACUCGAGAAAGUUACGGAAGAAUUAACGAGAGGAAAAAAUUGUACCUAGAAGAUGACCUGGGAAGUCUUUCACUAAUAGGAAAAGUCUGCAAAGGGGGCAUUCCAAGAACACUUUGCCAUGGCACCGCACUGCUUGUAUGUGUGCCGCGGAGGCAAAAACAAAGCCCGAGGAGUCUGGGCAGUGCAUCCCAUCGAAGCAGGAGUGCGAUUUGGUCCACUCCAAGGGGACAUCGUACCGAUUGACCUGUGUACAAAGAAGACUAAUCCCUGGCCGUUCACGAAUACAUGGGAGAUAUAUUGCGACGGCAAACUGUGCCAUUUCCACAGUCUCAGCGACGGCUCUAGGACAGACUGGCUUCAUCACGUGACAUCCACCUAUGCGUCGUGGACUGGUGUCAACAUGGCUGCCUACCAAUGCAGAGGGGAGAUCUAUUAUGUUACCACAAAGGCCAUAGGUCAAGGUCGGGAGUUGAUUUUGGGACUGAAUAAUAUUGAGGUUGACCCAGCAUGGAUAGAGAAAGAGAAGUCGAUAGGGUUUACUAGUUGCAAGAGAUGCAUCGUAUGCAAACGCCACCAUGAGGACACACCCUUGGUAGCGCGGCGCAGUGACUGGCCGUUCCGGGCUGAAAACGAAGGUAUUCAUUUCGACGACAGCUUUCCUAUUCUUAAAGUCUCUGCUUUUGAGGUUCACAAGUGGCUAAAGAAUCCUGGCAUAAGUAGAGUGAAGCUCAAGAAAGAUCUCACCCCGAACAGCCGUAGGCCGGUUUACCGUGGGUUUUUUGUCUGCCAGCUGUGCGGUUGGAAGUUCAAGACGUUCGAGCGCUAUUCAUCCCACAAACGGAAUCACCAGAUACGGUACCUGAAGUUCAGGCUAAAGCCCAGUACACAGCACGCAAAGUCAAGGGAAGAAGAAGGGAUUUCUUCCCUGGAAUUCAGUGUCGAGCACCACAGACACGACUUCUCGUCAAGCAGAGGGAAUUGCCGGGAAGAAGUUGCUCCCAGGGUGAAUAAAGAAGAGGGAGGACAGCUGACUGUCGUUUCACGAGAGACAGGGAACACCACGAAGAAUUCUUGCGAGGAAAUGGACUCUGGCUAUCAAGAUGCCGAGUCACUGACGGGACAUGAAGUAGAUAACGUUAACUUUAGCGAAACGGUCGUCGAAAAGAGGAUGAGUCCGAAAAUAAUACCCGAAAAAGACUACACGUUGCCUUGGCGUUUACGUCAGAGAAAACCUGCAGCCAGAUACCAGAAACGGUCCCACCAGCAAUGCAGAGUGUGCACACACAAAGUUCAAGGAGCCACAAACAAGAGGGCCUCAAAGCCAAGCCAUCGUCCAGCAGAAAACGGCAGUAUCACAAAAUCUGACAGAUUUUCUUGCACAAGGUGUAAAAAAUCCUUCAGCAGCAAUGCCAAUCUUGAGAAACACUUGCGUGUUCACACAGGAGAAAAGCCGUACGUCUGCAGCUACUGCAACAAACGCUUCAGCGAAAGUAGCAAUCUCAACACCCACCUCCGCGUUCACACGGGCCACAAUCCGUACAAAUGCCAGACUUGUGACAAGCAAUUCAAGUACCUGAAGGGGUUCAAACUCCACAUGAGCCGCCACGAACGGGCGCCAGUCACGUACAAAUGCAACUUCUGCGACCGCGAGUUCAGCCAGAAGGGACCUUGCAAAACGCACGAGAAGAGCCACCAGCGCGAAAAGCCGUUCAAGUGCCGCGUCUGCAAAAUGAAAUUCAAAAGGGAGGGCGGGCUACAGAUGCACGUGGACAAAAUUCACCAGUCGUGCCAUGGCGCCAUUCUGCGAAGAAAGCGCGGAAAGACGACAGGGGUUGGAGAAGAGAUCGAAAGUACCAAAGACAGACACCGUUACCAGUGUAAAGAAUGCGGGAAAGGCUUCAGGUACAACUAUUCGCUCAAACAGCACAUGCGGAUCCACACUGGGGAGAAACCGUUCAAAUGCACCCAGUGUGACGCCACAUUCUCCCAGAGCUCCAACCUAACCAGCCACAGGCGGAUACACACAGGAGAGGCGCCCUACAAAUGCAAUCACUGCAAGAAAACGUUUACGUGCGCACAGAACCUCCGCAGUCAUCUGCGGGUUCACACCGGGGAGCGACCGUACAGGUGCCCUCAGUGCCCAGCCAAGUUCGCUUACAGCAGCUAUCUCAAGACGCACUCCCUCGUCCAUUCCGACAGAAAACCACUCAAAUGCAAAGUAUGUGAUAAGGAAUACCGGCACCCCACCAGUUUUAAAAUUCACUGCCGAACACAUUCGGACGAGCAAAAACCCGGGAAUUCCGGCUGAAGAGAAGACAGGCCUACAUGAAUAUUUCAAAGCAGAAACCAGUUUAAGCACUGAGCCAGACUUAAUACCCGUACCGAUGAUCAGCUUACCGUACUUGAAGGACUCCCUGUUCGCGUUUUUCACCGGUAUUGUCCCGCUAUCGGCACUUUGGAUAUCUGUACCAUACCGAUACAUUUCAACCUGGCAUUGCAAAUAGAGACUGUCAAAAUCGCUGUGUUGGAGUGCGUGCCUCUGCAGUGGUGAACAAACACGGCUGGGCUUUCAGCGCCAAAAGGCCGCGCAGAGCUUGUAACUGGAGUGGAGCGAAGGGCGACCUCUUUUGACGUCUGCAGAUGUGAUUAUCGAAAGCCUGAAUUUUUAAUUUAAUCAUUGGAUUUUUAAACCGAAUUCUAACCGUUUUGAUUGAAGGGUUUUCUAAACCGAGCCCCAAACACUGUAUGCAUUACAGCAGUAUCUUAUAAGCUGUUCAAUGAACUGCUUGUUGAAGCAAAAAUCUGCAGCAUGUUUGAAUGCACAUUAUGCAAGCUGAAAGUUACAAAGUACAUGUACAUUUUUUAUGAAAAGAAUUAAGAAUUUCAGAGGGACUGAACAACAGCAAAACAAACAAACAAACUCCUUCGACUUUAAGCCUUUAUUGGUUUGCGUCCACACGAACUUGCAUCUAGAAUAAUAUAUUCAACUUCAAACUACCACUCAUUUGGGGGAAAAUUACCAGCCCACAUAUUUGCAAGCAGAAUAAGGUACCAGCAACUUUUGAGAUGAGAAUACCAUUCACACUAUUGAUGGUAUGUAAAUAACACCUGCAAUAUGCCAAGGAUCAAAUCCCAAUUUUCUAUUUUGUCUACUGCAUCUGUUUUUUUUUCUGUUUUCAUCCAUUGUUUUUCUAAAAUAAUGUUGGGAAUGCACACCACAAGCAGAUUAUUUUUAUAUCCAGCAUUGCCACGUGAGAAGUUUGAAUGAAUUUGUAUCAAAAGGUUUGAAUUUAAGUCUCACUGACUUGGCAGCAAUGAAACAAGCAUAGCUUAAACAUGAUUAUAGCCUUUCUGUUAAGCAUACGGUAUUCAGAACAAGAAGUAAGUAUAACUCAUCCUGUAACUGCUUUCAUUAAAAAAUAAGAUAAGCAAGUCUAAACUCUGUAUUACAUUCAUUUUGACACAUCAGUGGAAGUGCUGAAAGAGAACAUGCACAGUAAAUUCAAUAUGGAAUAAACAAAGAAAAC